AUGUACACCCGAGACUUCCAACUCCCAUUACCACAGCUCGCAGCUGCGUCCCGAAGGCCUCGCCGCCUCCGACAGUCCCUACUUCUAGACGCCAAUCGCACCUGGGCCUUUCGCAUUUCCCCUUCUCUCUUACCAUGGGCGACGUUCGUUAUGGGAGCCGCCUUCAGUCCUUUCGUCUCUCGCCGGAAUUGGCCUCCUUGCCGCUUCGGUGGCCCAAGCGGAAGUCACCCUGACGACCCCUUUCAGGGAGAUUCCGGGAAGGAGAAGCUCCGUCUCGUUCGGUAUGUCGGCCACUUUAGGUCGUUUGAAGAUAAGAUAUCUCGAACACCGGCGGGCGCUGAAGAUGACGACAUUGACCGGAGACGAGACGGGCUGCGGAAUUUCUUCGGCAUCGAGGACGACAGAAAGGACAGAAUACUUAUCAUGAUUGGGGUCGCAGCUGGUCCGCCUCUGCCUCUGGCCGAGACGCCGACGAGAGGACGGUCGAAUACCUGGAGCUUCAGUAAUUGUUCUGGGCAUCCCACCCACAUCGCCAACCCCCUAGCUGGUGACGAGAACGGUCUCGACGCAGAGGCAGACGCAGCUUCAAAGCUGGUUGACGAGACGAUGUGGCCUGCUUCGGAUUCCAACGCCAUUCAAGGACUCCAGUCGACUCUUGUAAUCACAUCAUGCGAGGUGCCAGUGGAUUAUUACGAGAUGUCCUUCUGUCAGACCUCAGUUGAGAAGCCUUUGUCGUGGGGGGCGCACGAAGGAAGGAUCACCAAACUUUCUCACAUUGGGGAGUUGUCUUCAUAA